AUGGGACGGUACAAUCUGACUGCUCUCCGUGUGAGACGGACAGCAUUAGCCAUUAAACAAUGUGGUAAGCCAGGGACGCGACAGCCCUGGCUCGACGUUAUGGCGGAUAUCCCACCUGCGUCGAUUCUUGUUCGCAAUCAAGCCCAGCCACAUCCUGUCGUCAAACAACGAGUAAAAACUGUUCAGGGGGAAUCGAAACCGCAAAUUGAAAUCACAACGCCAACUGGCCAAAACCUCGCAUCGAAGAAACCGCGUCGCAUCUUUCAACCCAAAGAAAUACGCUAUGAAGAGGACGAGCUACGAAAAGAGUUUUUCCGCGAUCAUCCAUGGGAACUUGCCAGACCACGAGUGGUUCUUGAGAACGACGGGAAUGAUCAUCAAAGAUACAAUUGGCAGAGGAUCCAGCAACCGGGAAAGAGACUUGAUGGAGAAAGUGUUGUGCAACGGCAGCUAUAUCUCCUCAACAAUGUACCCGACAUGACUAAAGGUGCUGCAUAUGACAUUGCGCGCCACGAAUUUUACCAGUUGCGACUACAGGAAGAUGUGGAACGACGGGUUGCUCAAGAGGAGGCAUUGGCAACAGGUGCAUAUUUCGGACCAGAUAUGCAUACUGUGGGAAUGGAACUGGAGAACCAAGAAUAUGAAAAAUGGAAGGUGUGGGCAGAGAGCGAAAUUCAAGCUAUGGAGCAGCGUCUUGCAGCUUUCACUGGUUCUACUGGUCCUACGGAAGAGAGCAGAGAAUCCGUCGACGAAACCCCGUUGAUAGAGGAGGAGGAUGUGGUAAUGCCACCAGAGGGAUCGGAGCCGGAAGCUUCAGCGGGAUCCACGUUAAAUUAA